UUGAAGCAACCAUGAAGAGAAUUGGAGAGAAACCAACACUCAAUCUCCCAUUUUUCCUCUCUUCGCCGGUUUCUUCGAUCAACAGCGCACAAUCAUGUUGGGCAGGAGGUCCCGGCCGAUGAUCGGGAAGCUCCCAGACCCGUUGGUCUCUGGUCAUGAGAGAAUUAUACCUUCGGAAGUAAUCACAAGCCCAAAAAGCCCGUUAGACCUGAAGAUCCGAUCCCCUAGAGGUUUGAAGAAUUGUGAUCUCGGAGCCGUGGGGUUAGGCAUCGUCGCCGCUCUGGAUAAAUCAAGUAGAAGUGGUUGUGAGAGCGAAUUCCCCGCAAAAUUCGUCGUGGGGAGCUUGAAUUUGAACCGGUCUGAUCCGAUACCGGUGGAUUCCACUAAAAGCUCAGCUGCUAAAUCUAGAGGAGGAUUGGAUAGACCUGCUGACAUGGACGACUGGGAAAGCUAUACCAGUGUAACCCGGCAUGGCCACAACAAAGCCUCCUUCGCAAGACUGUACUGUGAUGGGGCUGUCGAAAAUGGAACUAGUCUAGGCUAUAGUAGAGAUAGAAGAGGUUUUGACAGGAGAUGUAACAACAAGAACAAUCACCACAACCACACCAUGGGUGUUUUCUGCGAGUCACCACCUAGAUGGGGGGAAGAGAUUCCGGCGUUUCCUACGUCAGAUUUCCUCAGUGCGUGUUAUCUCUGUAGGAAAAAGCUUCAUGGCAGAGAUAUUUACAUGUACAGAGGAGAGAAGGCAUUUUGUAGCGCCGAGUGUCGGUACAGACAGAUUGUAAUUGAUGAGUGCAAGGAGAAAUUCGGAUCUGGAAUUUCAAGAUCUGCAGACCUCUCGUGCUCACCCUACUCUUCUGCUAAUGGCCAGCUCUUCUCUACCGGGAUCAUUGCAGCCUAAUCAAAAUAAUCAAAGCGAUGGCAAUAGUAACCUUCAUAAAUACAUAGAUAAAUACACAGGCGGCAAUACCAGUAAAUACAUGAGAGAGAGAGAGAGAGAGAGAGAGAGCGAGGGCGAGCACUGACUAAUCAGUUCAGUACGUUGGACCCAGAAAAAUUCUUCUUCCCAGCUUGUACCUGUAAACUUGAAAUAAUCUGUAAUGAACAAUUUUUAUAACGAUGGAUCAAAGGGGUUUUCGCUACAACCGGACAACCUUUUUUUUCUUUCUAUAUUAAUUGUAGUUUGCUUUUUUGUUGAUAGUUGCUCAGAGUAUGAAAAAGAUUCGAUUACAGAUUAUCAUCAAUUCGAUUUUGAAGGACAGAAACUGUUGUUGUUUUAUCAAUCCGACAAAGCGGACUUUGUUCACCUUA